CAUUUAAACUUGGUGAGGAGAGCCCAGACUCUGUCUCUCUGUCUCACUCUAGUGCUGCUGAAGUGUGGCACAUAGCCAGCUGCAGGCACGGAAUGCCAGCCACCAAUGCCAGCAGUCUGUGACAUGGCUUCCAGCUUCUGGGACUUGAGGCUUUGCAGGAGGAAAUGACUGUUGAGCAUCUUUUUGUCCCAUCUGCAUUACCUGCACUGAAACUUUCUAGAGUGCAGGCUUAGGGGACAGGAAAGUUUCUCUUGAAGGGCUUUACAUGUCUAACAAACAAUAAAAAUGACGACUUCAUCUAUCAGACGGCAGAUGAAAAACAUUGUGAACAAUUACUCAGAGGCCGAAAUCAAAGUUCGGGAAGCCACCUCCAAUGACCCGUGGGGCCCGUCCAGUUCUCUGAUGACCGAGAUUGCUGACCUGACCUACAAUGUAGUGGCCUUCUCAGAGAUCAUGAGCAUGGUUUGGAAGCGGCUUAAUGACCAUGGCAAGAACUGGCGGCACGUGUACAAGGCAUUGACACUGCUGGACUACCUUAUCAAAACGGGUUCUGAGCGUGUGGCCCAGCAGUGCCGUGAGAACAUCUUUGCCAUUCAGACUCUGAAGGACUUCCAGUACAUUGACCGCGAUGGCAAAGACCAGGGUAUCAAUGUUCGAGAGAAAUCAAAGCAGCUAGUUGCCCUUCUCAAGGAUGAUGAGCGGCUGAAGGCUGAGAGGGUCCAGGCUCUCAAAACCAAAGAGCGCAUGGCUCAGGUGGCUACUGGCGUGGGCAGCAACCAGAUCACCUUUGGCCGUGGCUCCAGCCAGCCCAACCUUUCUACCAGCUACUCGGAGCAGGAGUAUGGCAAGGCCGGGGGCUCACCGGCCUCCUACCAUGGCUCUACUUCCCCACGAGUGUCCUCCGAACUGGAGCAGGCCCGGCCACAGACGAGUGGAGAAGAGGAGCUGCAGCUGCAACUGGCACUUGCCAUGAGCAGAGAGGUGGCAGAACAGUCAUCAGAAAGCGUGCAGACAGCCAGAGGCAGCAAGGAAGAACGCCUCAGGCGGGGUGAUGACCUCAGAUUGCAAAUGGCUCUGGAAGAAAGCCGGAGAGACACAGUUAAAGUUCCAAAAAAGAAAGAGGUGAAAACUUGCUGCAAGCCGGGCUCCCACUCACAGCAGACUACUUUAUUGGAUUUAAUGGAUGCCCUCCCCAGCUCAUGCCCUGUUACCCAGAAAACUGAACCCUGGGGUCCAGGGACCUCUGCUAACCAGACCAACCCCUGGGGUGGAACAGCGGCUCCUGUGAAUAUUUCCAACCCCUGGCCAUCAUUUGGUACCAAGCCAGCUGCUUCUGUGGACCCAUGGGGAGUGCCUACCACAGCCAGCACACAGUCUGUCCCCAAGAACCCAGACCCCUGGGCAGCCUCCCAGCAGCCUGCCUCCAAUGCUGGGAAAACAGCAGAUGCCUGGGGAGCUGCCAAGCCCAGCUCUGCCUCAGGGUCCUUUGAACUCUUCAGUAAUUUCAAUGGUACAGUUAAAGAUGAUUUUUCUGAAUUUGACAACCUUCGAGCUUCAAAAAAGCCAGCAGAGUCGGGGGCCUCAGUACCACCCCAAGACAGCAGAACCACGAGCCCUGACCUCUUCGAGUCUCAACCCCUGACUUCUGCCUCAAGCAAGCCCAGCAGUGCCCGGAAAACACCUGAGUCCUUUCUGGGCCCCAAUGCAGCCCUGGUGAACCUGGACUCACUGGUGACCAAGCCUGCUCCACCAGCCCAGUCCCUCAAUCCCUUCCUGGCACCAGGUGCUGCCACCUCAACCCCUGUCUACCCCUUCCAGGUCAACCAGCCCCAGCCACUGACACUGAACCAGCUUCGGGGAAGCCCUGUGCUUGGGAGCAGUGCAUCCUUUGGGUCUGGUGGAGGGAUGGAGCCUGUGGCACCCGUGACCUCAGUAGCCCCACCCUCAGCAUUGGGGGCCAGUGGCUCUUCAUUGACACCACUAGGCCCUACAGCAAUGAACAUGGUAGGCAGUGUUGGCAUUCCCCCGUCAGCAGCACAGGCCACGGGCACUACCAACCCUUUCCUUCUCUAGUGCCCAGGCUGGGACUUGCCUGAGUGAACACCCAGAGUGCCAAGCCCAAGGACGUCAAGUGGGGUCUCACUCUGGUUUGUGUAGUGGAUGAGAAUAUGGUGGUAGGGGUGUUAGAGCUUCAGGUCCAGCUUCCUGGUGAAAGGGUGGUUGUUAUAGUCCAGACCUUCAGACUGGAGCGCAGGUGGGAUGGCCUCACAGUCCUAGCCAGGCCCCUGUGUCUCUUCCUAAGUGCUCAGCUCUGGCCGUACUCCAUUGAGGUCUUGAACAAGGAGGUGUUACCAGUGUUGCUCAAGAUUCUGGGAUGCUGUCUAGCCCAGGACUUGGGGCAGUCACAUGUGUGCCCCACCCCCAGUGUCCUCAGGGUGUGGACAAGGUGAAGCUCUGGCCCCACUCCACAAUGACUGUUGAGAAGUGGUUGUGCAUAUUUUAUUUUCCUUUGACUCGUGGGAGUCUAAGGUAAACACCACUAGUGUGGGGCUUCAAGCUGACCAGAGCACAGCCCUGCCCUGUGGCUCUGUGCUUGUGCACGUUUGCACAUUUUGUUGAGUACAGUUUCAUAUUUGAGUUUGCAGAAUUAUCUAAUAGUCUUUUUUUGGCUAAUAUUUUUAUAAUGUGGUUCUUAUUUAACUGUCUAGUUUUGAUAGAAUUGACCAAGUCUGGCUGAAUUAAGGUCUUGGCAUGUAUUAUUUUAGUGGUCUAAUUUCUCUUAUUUAUGGUUUUAACUGUAAGAAAACUUUAAAAGAAGAGAUAUUUGGAUGACAAAAAUAUGCCUUAUGGAAAACUAAGCAAAUUCUUUAUAGUAAAAAAAAAAAUUCAGAAUUUGAUUACACAAAACCAAUUUUAUUAAAACAACAAAAACUUCCAACAGGAACGAAAACCUGCAGCCUCUAGUUGCCUUUUUCCUUUCUUCAGCUCUUUGAUGAAUUACCAAAUCUAUUGACCCUUCAGCCUUUUUGCCUAGAUCCUGAGAGGCUUUUUGCUACUAGUAUAUUGACAUCUUAAUGUUAAAAGGAAAAACGAACAACGCAUGAUUGUGACUUGCCAGUUUUUAUCAACUACUACUUCCUUUCUUUGUACCUGGCACAUAGGGAUUGCCAGGAACUUGUGUUUACUGCACACCAGAAGUGCAGCUGGCUGCCCUAUUAUCAUGCUCAGGCUAAUGAGAUUGUGUGAAAAUGGGGGUGGCUGUCCUCUUCUGGGCUCAUAGGUCACCAGGUUGGUCCCCAAGCUGAGUUAGGAGAGAGACUGACCCUGAUGUGUCUGUUGCCAGCUCCAGCUCAGGCCGUUGACCAGGAAGUGAUCAUAUCUUACUUUGGAGACAAAAGAAUCCUCACAUGGCAUCAAUUUUUAACAGACGUGCACUGAUGCUCUUUUCUCACCCAACCUCCUGAACCCUCACUCUACUCACUGUUAAGGAAAGUAUUAAAUCCUGAAUUAGAAACCACAGACUUGCUUUUCUUCAGAGAAAGGACCUCCCCUUCUUGGUCCUGGCAGUCUGUGUGGUUGGCCUUUCUGCCUUGUCUUGCAGUAUGAAUUUAGCCGUCAGCUCCAAGGGCACCCAACUGCCUGCCAGCCCCUCUCUGCAUCCAGAGAGAAUUUUGGUCCUCAACACCCACGUUUGCCUCAGUAGUCAAACUAUACUCAAACUAUACUCAAGCCCCUCUUGAGUCUGAGAGUCCACAUGCUGCUCCUAGGCUCCACAAGCCAAGGGCCCUUCCUAACUACCUACUUCCCCCAGGACUAGAGGCCUAGAGGUAGGUUUGGGCUCUGCUAAUCAGGAAGGCUGAUGACUAGGCUCCUGCCUGGGAGAGGUAGAGACAUCAUGGGACAGGGGAGGCGGGGCAGUGUUUCAGAUUGUACUUCCUUCAGAUUGUACAGGCCAGGUCCAGAUCUGCCUGCUGGGGGCCGGUGAUUCUGCUGCAGAAGAUGAGAGCCCUUCUGACUGAGGCCCCACCCUACUAGCCACUGGGUUCCCUCCUCCCACAGGCCAUCCAGCGCAUGUCCCUGUUACCUGUUGCACUGAUCAUGAAGCCACUGGCCACUGCCAUGUGUGUUGCACACAUGCCACCAUGCCCUUCCCGAUGAGUACCCUAAGGAAGUCAUCCAGCUGUUUCUCAGUCCCAGGGCUGGUGGUUGGUUUUGGAUUUGUGUUGACUGUUGAUACUUAUUUACUGUAUAAAUAUAAUUUAUCAUUUGUAUCAUGA